AUGCAUGGCAGUAAUAUUUUUUUAAAAAAAAUAAAGGAGCAAAUGUUAUCAAAAUACUUUGCUUAUUUAUUGCUAAUAAUACCCAAAUGUUGUGAUAUUAUUAUUACUAUCAGGCAAUACAAAAAAUUGUCCAGUAAUGAUAGUAUUAGGUUGCCUCCUGGAUUAAGUAAGUAUAUCAAUAAAACUGAUAACCUCGAGAAAACCAGAUCUGAAUUAUUGUUACAAAUUGUUCAGGGAUUGUGUCUUUUAUUAACUAUUAGCAUAGUUUUUCUUCUAUCAAAUGUUUUUUUAUGGCUGUGGUUUAGAGCAUCUGAAUUAAGUUCCUGCAUCGCUAUGAUAUUUUAUUCAUCAGAAAAUAAGCUUCAACUUAAGAUUGAAAAUAAUUAUAAAAACAACAAUGAUUUUUAUGAGUUUUCAAAUAAGGCUAUUUUUGAUAUUUUACUGUUGAUAUUUUUUGGGCUAUUAAAACUAGUUUCUGUUUUGGUAUCUAGGGGAAUUUAUUAUGGUUAUUCUAACAAUAAUAAGAGUAAUAACGACAAGAAAAGCCUGAUCACUAAUAAUAAUAAUAAUAAUAAUAAUAAUAAUAAUAAAAGGAUUUCCAAAGCAAACAAUUUUUUUAAAUUAAGGGGGUUUAUAUUUUACACUUUACUCGUUGUAUUCCCUUUUAUAAUGCUCUUUUUUAUGGUAAUUAUCAUUGUCGAAUCGAAUUUAAUUUUUACUGUUGGUCUUCCGUUAUUUUUACUUGCAUUGCUAUAUGGAUCACUAUUUGGCUCAUUAAUUGGCUUAUUAAUUAUAGCCUUACCAAGAUUUAUUAGCUAUAUAGGUAUCUAUAUUAUGUUUCUUUCCCCUAAGGUAAAUAUUAGAAACUCGAGGAAACUGGAAGAAGAAAAUUAUAGUUUGUAUCAAAAUUUAAUGAAACUAUGCAAUAAUAGUGAAUAUGAGAUUAAGAACAAAGUUUCUGAUAUUUAUAUAAUAAAACCUUCCACAGAUGAACAAAAUAUAAUCACCUUGUGUGGAUUGCCUUUUGGAAAAAAGAAACUUUACUUGUCUGGAAACAUGUUUGAAAGUUGUGAUACAAAUAAAACAAAAAAAGACGACCAAAUUUACACCCUCAUAUUAUUACAAUUAAUGAAAAGAAAAAAAAUAUAUACCAAAUAUAGUUUUUUUACCUUUGUUCUUUUACUUAUUCUGUCUUCCAUUGCAUUAGCAACGUUUUUUAAAAUUUCAGUCCUAGUGAAUAAAAAUUAUGAAUCAGUGCUUUCCAGCUUUGGUUUUGCUUUUAGUGAAGGUGAUAGUAAUUAUCCUAUUGUUAUCGGAACAAGAUGCUAUUCUCGCAUAGGAAUAAUUUGGUAUCCGGCAGCUGCUACUUACUUAUUAUCCAGACUGUUUUUUUUGUUACUUCGUUGGAUUAAUAAAAAAAAAUUUAAUCGCUAUAUCAUGGGUAUAAUUGAUCAAGGAUAUGGAAAAGAAUUAUACUAUGCAAUGCUGAACUUGCAGUUUAAUCCUUACAACCGUUCAUCAUCGCCUAGUACAAGCAAUUUAUUAUUGUAUCCCGAUCACUUGUAUAUCCAUUACUUUAAUGUAAAUUCAAUCGAAUUAUAUUUAUUUUUGAAUGGCUUAUUGCAGCUAACAAAAGAAGAUAAUAAGGAACAGAAUAUAUUAGAACCAGAAUGUGAUGAAAAAUAUCAGGCAGGGCUAAGGGAGAAUGCUGAUGAUAAUAAAAAUCAUCAAUUUUUAGAUACUUUGUUUUGGGUAGUUUUUAUUCCCUCUACCUUUUUUAUUGGUUAUUUUGUAUCUAGAUUAAUUUUGGGACCUCACAUUAAGGCUCUACUUGAAUGA